CCUCCCUCCUGCCCCGCGCAUGCGCACCUCAGCCUCGCGCCGCCGCCAGCCUGCUGCCUGCCUUCCUCGCCCGCCUCAGCUUCCCGCCUCAGCCUUCUGCCCGCCCGGGGCGCGAUGGGCCUGCUGGAGCAAUGCGAGGCCGUCUUCGGCUCCCCCGACCUCUACUGCGUCCUGGGCGCUCGCCAAGGGGCCGCGCCCGCCGAGCUCCGCCGCGCGUACCGACGUGCGGCCCUGAGGGAGCACCCGGACCGCGCCCCGCCGCGGCCCCGCGAGGAGGCCACGCGCCGCUUCCAGCUCCUGAGCCAGGCGUACGCCGUGCUGAGCGACGCGGAGCAGCGUGCUGUGUACGAUGAGCAGGGCACGGUGGACGAGGAGGGCGAGGCGCUGCGCGGCGAGCGGAACUGGGGCGAGUACUGGCGGCUGCUCUUCAAGAAGAUCACUGUUAAAGAUAUUGAAGACUUCGAAAAGAGCUAUAAAGAUUCAGAAGAAGAGCUAGUGGAUAUUAAAGCAGCGUACAUGGAUUUUGAGGGUGACAUGGACAGAAUAAUGGAGUCUGUGUUGUGUGCGGACUAUACAGAUGAACCCAGAAUAAGGAAGAUCAUAGAAAAGGCCAUCGACUCUGGAGAAGUCCCAUCCUACAAAGCCUUUGUAAAAGAGUCCAAGCAGAAAAUGAUGGCAAGGAAGAGGCGGGCAGAAAAAGAAGCCAGUGAGGCAGAAAAGACCAAAGAGGAACUGGGCCUUGGUGGAGAAGAUGACUUGAAAGCUCUGAUUCAAAGUAGAAAUAAAGAUCGAAAAAAGGAAAUGGAUGACUUCUUGGCCCAACUGGAAGCAAAAUAUGGGAAUAAUGCUAAGAAAGGAGGAAAGAAGACUGCAUCCAAGAAAGGAAAGAAAUAAAGAAUACUGUAGGUGAAAAUAUCUGGUCUAAUUUCGUAUAGCUUUCCAUAGCUUGUGGAUUUGGGAGGAUUUCAGAGUGUUUCUGGACUCCUGUUUCGGACAGUGUGUGCAUCAACUUGCUGUCACUGGAAGGUACAAUACGGAGUGCAUCCUGAAAAAACAACCAAGCGUUCUGGUGCUACUCUUUAAAAUCCUUUGGGUGCUUAUUGAUUAAGAUCAAACAGAUCCUUGACUAGAAGUUUUGUUAUAGUACGGAGGGCGUGUGAUGCUGGGGAUGGUGAGGUGCUUACUGCGCUUGGGUUGUGGCACCUUCCUUUCAAACAUCUGGUGCAUACCAGUAUAGCUGCUAGUACAAACCUGUCACCCCACCCCUUUGAGGGUCAGCAGUGCGGAUUCCCGUGGUUUCUGAGCUGGAAACCUUAUUUCUCUGCUACGCAUGCAUUCCUUUUGUAACAACCCAGCUGUUCUUAAAGGUCUUUGCUCUUCAGCUCAACAGACGUUUUUUUCAGAUGUUCCACUGCUUUUAUAAAAUUACUUUGGAAAACUGCAGAUUUAAUAAAUGAGAAGGUUUUUUCAGAAUCCUGUGCUUGGUUGCUUUCCCGGUCCUCUCCACAUUUUCUAAGCUGUUCAAACCCAAUUGAUCGCAUGGGCUCUCCUGACUGAUUUAAGUCAUGUUAAUACUGUAUUCUUCUCCAGCAGCGGAAAAGAUGACUCUCUUGUUAACUAUGGCAGCAGUGCUGGUGAUGCCACAUGAGGUGGAAGGGCCACCUCCUGUUUGGUCUUCGGUGGCCUGUGCACAUGCUUUAGGAAGAACAUGAGACUGCAGGCGUGUGGCUGUGCAGAAACUCCCUAAUGCAGAGGCGAGGCAAUAAACUUAAAAACCCACAGAACGGAGCCAGUUCUGUGUAUUUCUAGGGUCCGUGAUGUCCCACAACGAGGUGUCCCAAAGCUUAUAAAUGUCUUGGCUGUUACUUCAACAGCAUCCCGGUCAUGCCUGCUGUAGGAGUGGCAGUGGCAGUGUGUUUGUCCACUGUUCUCUUAUGUCAGAAGGUUAUUACUUCUGUAAGGUGUGCAGGUAUUUUGAAGGUUUAACUUCAGCUGGUUUUACACCACUUGACACAGUGUGCAGGGGUGUGAAUUCAAAGGGUAGCCAGUGGUCAAGUUGCUCAAGGGAAUGAGGCUGGCUUUGUUUUAUGGGUUAGUUUUGAAAGGCUUGGGAGUCAUGAGAUCCCCGCUGUUUCAGUGAAAGUGUUCAGAGCAGACUCUUCAAUAGAAGGAGGUGGUAACUGUUCCCUGUUACUUGUCUGCUUUCAAAAAUUAUCCUGGUUCAGAGAGUGCAGCUUGUUGUGUUGCAUAAUACGACUUGGACGCUGCUGUGGCUAUACCAACAGAUAUCCAACAGCCUAGAAGUUUCUCAUGUCAACCACCUCUACAGAAACCAAAAAUUACCUAUGAUAUGAUGGCUUUCACUUCAGCACCCUGAUUCCUCUGGGCUACAAAACACUCUUUUAUGUUACUAGAAACCUGUUCCAGUUUAUUUGUGUGCUUUGUAACUCUCAUGCUCUGGGACUACAGAAAACUAACUGAUAUGAACAGGAUGCUUAUCUCCAGUUAACUCAAGGUAAUCGCCACACUUUACAAUGUCUCAGUAGUCUUAGCUGUUAAGAGAAGUUGUAUUUCAAAAGAAUUUAGUGAACAGAGGCCUCUCUUUAGCAUCAGUUUAUCUCUGUGCAAACUUAAGAGUUUUAGAUUGAGCCCACAGCAUUUUUUCCCCUACUCUAUAAAUGCACAGGAAAGUUAACACAGUUAUGUUUGCAUAGCUCUGCUUUGUUUUCUUUGCCCUCCUUUUUGAUUACAGCGCACUUGGAUCAACUGGACUUGGGAACGUAGGUAAUGAUUAAAAAUCACGUGCUGUUCUGGAGGUACCAGCAACAUUUGACAAACUGCAUAGCUUAGAGUGGGGAAAUAGGGGAGCCACUUCAUAAAGAAUACUGACGAGCUUUUUCCAUUAUGAAUUGUAAUUUAGAAAAUCUUAUAAGGAAAUUUAGAAGGAAGUGCUCUUUAAUUGGAUUAUAAAGGAACAACUGUUUUCGCGCGGUGUCCUAACUUUGUUACAACAAAGCGGUUAACCUCGCCUUGUCUGCAUACUCACUUAGAGCCUUGCACUUGCUGCUUAGGAGCAAGACCUUCAUCUAAUCUUUUGUUUUGAGAAGCUUGUGCUUGUGUUUUGCCUUAUUUGGAGCCACAAGGGCAACUGCAGUGCAUACUUCUGAUACGCCUGUUGCACCAUGCAGGACACGUCUCCUGAAAGCUACAUUCCAUCUGUGGAUUGUGGGGCUUCACAACAAAAUGCAGAAAUUGUGUGUGACUGCAGGUACUUUUUGAAAGGGAGACUGAGCUCUUCUGUGAAAUUGCCAUAAAACGUCUCACCAGAAAGACCGUGUUUCAGCACUGUCUCGAACUACUGGUAGUAACAGACUACUUUUACCCUCUUAAACCUUCUCCAGUCACUGAGGAAGAGCAAGUAGCGUGCUACCCUUAAAGCUGUCAGUUCAGUUUGCUACCUUAUUUUUACCCAGCUGUGUUAAUAUCUGCUGCAGUUACUACAGGAUUCAUAACUUGUCUAAGUUGGGUUGUACAAGCAGUGUCAUGUGUACUGCAUGCUUUUGAUAAGAUAAUAUUGUUUUAAACAUAUAGCUUUAAAGAUUUACAUUACUGCUACUGUGGAGCUAACGGAAAAAUCAGCAGGUUCUGCAGAACCUGCCUGUAACAAAAUGAACAAAUCACUAGCCAGUAAUGGGAAAACAGCAAUGAUGGAGAGUGUUUGCUAGAUGUUCUAGGUGUUAGACUUUACUGCCCACUGGAGUAUAUUCACCCUCCCACUGGAGUAUAAACUAAUAAUUAGUAUGACUAAUACUUGUAGAAAACGGAAUGUUUAAGUGUACCCCUUCUAGUCUUUGGCUGCUGAUUCUUAGAUUUAUAUAAAAAUAGUUAGUCAUAAGGAAAGGUGUUUGAAAACUCUCUGUGAACAACACGGACAUUGCUGAGGAUGAGAAGUGGU